AUGCCGCGGCUCCUCUGCUUGUGUGUCGGGCUUCUGCUAGUUCGGGUCUCCCGUGAGCUCAACGACAUUAGUCGAGGCAGGAAAUUGUGAGGCAGGAAAUUGUGAGGCAGGCAUCUACUGCAAGAAAUAGUAAAACUCUGAGGCACUGUUAACUGGAGCCACGUUGAAGAGGAAAAGCCUUUCACACAGCUGCUUUCCCAGGCCUCGGAGAAAGUUGAAACCUUCAUCCCUGACCAGUUGGAAAGCUCCCAAACCACUUUCCCGGUCUGGAGGAGAUCGACAAACCCAGUCUCUACUUUUGCCUCUCAGGAAGAAGCAUUAAACAAUUUGAAGAUGCAGUCACUGCCUGAGCAUCAGUACAAAAAGGCCAACUUGCCUUUUAAGACAAGACGAGAUUUUUUCUCAUCACAAGAUAUCAGUCCAUAUAUUCAUGAGAUUGUAGAAUUUCAGAAGAAAAAUACAAACAAAGUUAAAACCUUAAGCAAUUUGUUUUGGGGGAAUCAUCCCUAAAGAAAGCACAGAGAAUACUCAGAAAAAUGUUGUCUGAAGAGAUGUACAAAAGAAGAACUUAUUAUUGCAUGCCUUCCAUAUAUUGAUUAUAAAAACUUAAAGACAUCAGCAGUUGUGACUGAGAUAUACUAA